GGGGCCGAGCCUCGGGUGGCGCGUGUGCACGCGCAGGUCACGUACCUAGGUGUGACCUCCGCGAUUGGCGUCUGUGCCAUGGCGUUCUCUCUCCUGCUGCGGGGAGGACGAGUCCGGGCGCUGAAGGCUGUGCUCCUGGAGGCAAGGGUGUUCCGAGGAGAACUGGCGUCUACGGUGCCCCUGUCUACUGAGUCAGAGAAGAGUAAAAAGGCGACAGGACCACAUCCCACGACACAAAGUGUGCUCAAAGAUGUGGGGGCAGAGGAGAGGGGCAAGCUCCUAGCCACGCCCACAGCAGCGGCACUGUCCAAAAGCUCACCUCCACCCGGUUCUCACCCAUCAGUGGAGAGCGCAGGUGGGGCUGUCGUGGGCCCACACCCUGGUGGCAGCCAGCUGCUCACAGAUGAAGGGCUUCCGAAGCAUUUGUCAAGAAAGACUUUGGUAGCGUUUCCUCAGAAAGUUAUGCCUCCACCCCAAGCAUGGGGUUCUGACUCAGAGGCUCGACGGCAUGUGAAGAAAGUGACAGGAGAUUCGUCCUCAUCUUCCUCAUCCAGCUCCUCAGAUUCAGACUCUGAUGGAGAGGAACGUGACUCAGACGUUGGUCCCCCAGUGGCAAGCAAAGGCAAGGCAGAGUUUUCUAAACCAGAGGCCUCCCAUCCCUUAAAGAAUGGAGCCCCAAAAAUCAAAGUUUCUGCAAAAGAGAAGGCCAAGGUCCAAAAGCCACACACAGAUGUCACCUACCCAGAGAAGUCCCUGCAGCCUAAGAAGAAAGGGACCUUCACCAAGCCUGUAGAAGACAGCAAAGAAACCAGAUCCAAGCCCCUGACAUCCAGGCCACAGUCCAGUGAGACUUUGGAGCAAAACAUGAAGGAAGAACCCCAGCAGGGGAAACCAAGACCAGACAAGACUGGAAAGGAAAGCACAAAGCCAUCUGAAGCUGAAGGAAUCUUACCCGGCCACAAGAGAACCAGAGUAUCCACACAGCCCACUCGUGGGCCAAUGCCCACAACGCAAACAGGAGAGGCCAGCGCAGAACACCCGCCAGCCACUGCCCCCGGGACAGGAGCUAGACAUCCAGAACUGAAAGUGCCAGAGCCCGAAUGGAAGACCACUUCUCCCCUGGUCAGAAAAGAAAGCCUGGAGAAGCAGGUGCCAGAAGGAUGCGCCCAGGCCGUGGAGACGACCUUGGAAGAUCCAAAACUAGUGAGAUAUCCGGAGACAGUUCCUGUUCAGGAGAAGGAUGCCUCUGAAGAGAGCACCAGACCACUGCUGGAGGAAAAGCUUCAGGUGGCAGCCGGUGAAGCCCCGCCCACUGAUGCUGGCACACCCCAGGAAGCCCCUGCCGACACACAGGAGCCGGAGCCGACCGACACUACCACCUACAAGAACCUGCAGCAUCAUGACUACAGCACAUACACCUUCCUAGACCUGAACAUGGAACUCUCCAAGUUCAGGCUGCCACAGCCGUCUUCGGGACGAGAGUCACCUCGGCACUGAGCUCAGUUUCAGGGCAGACCCCCAUGUCGGUCCCGUGAAUUCUUGCCUGUGAGAAUAAAAGUCAGAGUCACAAAGC